AUGAGAAGAGCAUCAAAUCCGUUUCAUCCCAAGAUGAAGUCCUCACAGAUCGAUGAUAAAAAGGAGAUAAAAUCUGAAUCACCAUACAGUACAAUACCAGCACCAAGAAAGAAGAGAGCUACAAUGUUCCAAAUUGCUCGCUUGGUUUAUCUCCUUUUGGUGUUUGUUACCGGCUGUACAUCCAUCGUUUCAUCCCAGCUAAUCAUAUUACUUCUUUUCCAUAAUGAUAUUCGACGCAAGAAUAUGCUCCUGCGAUUUACAAAACAGAAUUUCCUAGUUCUGCUUGUUUAUUUAACGAGCAAAGUAUCACCCACCGAGCUGAUUUUAACAUUCGGUGACUCUCCAUUGUUGAAUAAUGCGGUGCACACGGAUCCAAAAACCAAACGGCACACGUUUAAUCUUGAUAAUCAUGCAAUUGUCAUUGCUAACCACCAGAUAUAUUCUGAUUGGGUCUUCGUUUGGUUUAUUGCCUACCUUAACAAAUGUGCUGAUCAGAUCUUUAUUGUCAUGAAGAAGUCUUUGGAAAAAUUGCCUGUGCUAGGUUUUGGAAUGAGAAAUUAUAAUUUUGUGUUUCUCAGUAGAAAUUGGGCCAGAGACAGAGAUUACAUGGUGCAGUCUUUCUGGAAGGUUGCAACUGUUGGUCAAAAAUGCUGGCUUUUGAUAUUUCCUGAAGGAACAAAUUUAAGUACAACGACAUAUUCUAAGUCUUCGAAAUAUGCAGAGAAAGUUCAUAUGAAGCCAACGCAAAAUGUUCUUCUUCCGCGUGCAAGGGGCCUUUAUUUAGCAUGCAAGAAUCUUGGAUCUACAACCAGGACUCUUUAUGAUUUGACCAUUGGUUAUAGUGGUCAUUCUUCCGAAAAGAUGGCUCAAGAUGUUUAUACAUUAUCCAGUACUUAUCUCUUUGGACACGGUCCAAAAAGCAUAAGCAUUCACAUUGAUGCUAUAGAUAUUCAACACGACAUACCUGAGGUGGAUUUUAGUGGGAUUUCUACUAAUAUUGGCGUCAAUGAGGAGGAGGAAGAGAUUGAACGAUUCGGAAAUUGGUUGAAUAAUCGUUGGUAUAAAAAGGACCAGCUGAUGAAGCAAUAUUAUGAAACAGGAAAGUUUGAAAACCCACGGGGAAAGGAGUGUAGAAUGCAAUUGAAAUUAGCAACAAGCUUUGAAUUGCUUAACGUGUAUCUUAUUCCACUGCUUGCUUAUGUCUUUGGUGUAAUUAUCUAUAAGAUGGUUCACUAUUUGCUUCAUUGA